AUGGCGUCCCAUAAGGUGCCAGUUUACUCGACAAAUGACCUCAAGUCCACUACCGAUGACGCUCUUCUCCCCUACCUAUGUACCCUCCCGGCCCCAUACGCCUUCAAGGUCGACUACACCAAGAGCAACAUCCGCUUCGCGUUGGGCUAUAGUGCCAUUGUAAUCGCAGCAUUCACAUUCUAUGCGGAUCGCAAGCUAGGCUGGGAAGCAGUCUCCUCGCCAUGGAUUCUCGCCGCUGUCGUCGCAUACUUUACUCUGAACAGCAUCCUCACAUUCUGGCUUUGGGCCGUUGAAGCUGGAGAGGUCUUUGCUGGAAAGCGCAAGUCUGGCGAAACCAUCACCAUUUCCUCGUCUGCGAAGAAAUACACUACGCAAUACAAGCUGCACGUGCAGUACAAGUCUCCUGCUGGAAAGGUGCUACAAGAUAAGCGCAUCGAGGCACCCUUCACGGCCUGGUUUUCUGCAAAUGGCAUCUUCCACCCCGAGCCGUUUCGUAGCUGGUUGGCGAGUGAGAUCGAUGUGUUGCGAUUGGCCGCCAAGGAGAACGAAAAAAAGACCGGCGGCGCUUCUGGCGAGUCAGAACCCAGCAAAGGAAGGUAG